CCAGAGAGAUUUCAGAACUAUCCCAUAGUACUGGGGAAAAGCAGCUUCUGUUCCGGUGAACAUUACUGGGAAAUCGAGACAAAAGAUGCAGCAGACUGGGCUAUCGGGGUGGCCACAGAAUCCAUAGAAAGGAAAGUUCGGGUUCCCGCUCAAGAUAUUGUAGGCAAGGUGUGGGCUUUACGGCUGCGCACAGCAGAAGACAUUGGUCCUGAAGGUGGGACCUUCAGUCAGAGAUUUGGAGUGUAUCUGGACUAUGACAAAGGUCAGGUCUCUUUUUAUGACGCAAAAAAUUAUUCUCACCUUCAUACCCGCAGGGCCCAAUUCAAAGAAAAA